UCCCGUUCUGCCUCUGAGGCCACGCCCCUCAAUACCACGCCCAUGCUCUGCCGCGCCCCCCCUCGCCACGCCCCUACGCGUCCAUCGGUGAUUCGGGGAUCGCUCCGUGCCUCGCUCGCUCGCGGAUUCGGUGCUCGGCCGCGCGGCCUGCGGAGCGCCGUCAUGGCGGCCCCCGGGGUGGAGGCGCGGGCGCUGUUCGCGGAGGGGGUGCGGGCCGUGCUGGGGGGGUGGGCGGCGCUGCAGCUGGCGGUGGCGCAGGGCUUCGGCGGGCCGCAGGGCCCCGAAAAGGCCGCGUGGCUCAGCUCGGCGCUGCUCGACUUCUUCACGCAGAACGCUGACCUGGAGCAGGAGGAGGUGGAGGAUUUCCUGGCCGAGGUGAUGGACAACGAGUUCGACACGGUGGUGGAGGACGGCAGCCUGCAGCAGGCCAUGGAGUGCGGGACACCCCCGCCCCCCUCGGACGGCUGGACCGUGGUGCAGCGGCGGCGGCGGCGAUGAUGGGGGGAGGGGUGUCCUGUGUGUCCCCCCCCAGCUUGGGGGGCACCCCUCCCCCACCCUGCUCCCCAAACUGGGGGGGAAUAAAGGCCCCUCCCCCCAUGGGGGUGUGGGAAGA